AUGACGGGCAGCAGCGGCGGCCCUAAAGAAGAGCCUAAGGAUGACAAGAGGUUGAAUGAAGACCUGGUGGUGUUCAUGCGCAAGCGGAGCGACACCGCUGCGCCGCGCUACACCGCCCGCCUCAAGACUAUUGUAGACCUGCAGCAGAAGCGCCGACGGGCAGCGGCCGCACGCCGACACACGGACCACGCACAGCACGAUAAAACCUCCGUUAAAAAGAAGAUAUCAGAAAACGAGCAGAAGGAUAAAAGUCCAGUUGAUACGCGUGUGAUCAGUGAAAAGGCUGCCAAUCGUAGUCGCUCUUGUUCAGAAGAGCAGUCGGUGGAUGCUGCCGGUAGAUGUAGACGUCGCAGACGAUAUCCACGUCGUCGUUCUUGCCGCCGUCGCAGCCGAUGUCGUCGUCGCCGCCGCCGCCGCAGCUGCUGCAGUCGCCGCCGCCGUCGCUGCAGUCGUCGCCGUCGUCGCCGCAGUCGUCGCCGUCGCUCACGCUGUCGUCGCCGGCGCCGCUGCAGCCGCCGUCGUCGCUACAGGAGGCGCUGCCGCUAG